UUUAAGGACUACUGCCUUAAACACAAGAUCCUAACCCUCUAUAUGCCCCCCUAUUUAUCGCACAUCCUCCAGCCACUUGAUGUGGUCUGCUUCUCACCACUAAAGCGCAGGUACUCCCAGCGCGUUAGAGACUUGGCACGCUGACGCCUCUUCUAUAUUAACAAAGAAGGCUUCCUCCCUGCCUUUAAGGACGCGUUUUUUAACAUGUUUACAGAGCAGAACUAUUAAAAGGCUUUUAAGGUAGCAGGGCUAGUCCUAAUUAAUGCGCAGGUUGUAUUAGAUUGCCUUAAAGUGCAGCUGCGUACCCUGCCAGAACCCCUCCUCCUAGAGACGCCAUGGCAGUCAAAGACUCUAAGCAAUACCUAUAAGUUUGGAUCUUAAUUAAAGCUUGUACGCAAUUCCUUUACUCGCUCGCCUGUUACAGCUCAGGCUGGUUUCUCACAGCUUAUAAAAGGUGGUGAGCUGAUGCUGCAUGAAAAUGCGCUUCAACGUGCUCGGAUCCAUGAGCUUGAAGAGCAAUUAGCAGAGAUGACCAAGCGAAAAUCGCGUAAGCGCAAGCGGAUUCAGCAGGGUGGUACUAUGGAGUAUGGGACUGCUGCAGCGCAGGUAGCUGCUGAGGCAUCUAUAGCGCCUCAGCGAUCCAAGAAGGCUCGUGGUGGUAGUGCUCUUUGGCGCUGUAGGAACUGCAGUAGGACUAGGCACAAUGCGCGAAUGUGCAAAAAGGAUAUAGAUGUGUCCUUAGAAUUAGAUGCUAGUACAACGUACGCAGGCUCCCUGUUUAAUAGCAAUGAAAUUGAGGAGUUGCAGCAUAGGUUGAGGCUGCCAAG